UCGCAGCUAUAACGAACUUCUCACUCCCAUUUCCCGCCCUCUAUAUAUAUUGGGACCUUCACUUGUUCAAUAAAAGAUUCAAAAUCUCUCACACAGUUCUCUCUCUCAGGAACAUUCAAAUUUCCCCUCCGAAGAUCUCUUUCCUUCACCAAACCAAAAUGCUUGCUGCGCUCAAAGCUGAAGAAUCGAGCGGCCAGUUGCAGCUCGUGGAACGCGAAGACGUUGAAGACGAUGAUGACCUCUUCGAAGCCAUCGAUAAACUGAUCUCUCAAGGAAUCAAUGCUGGAGAUGUGAAGAAGCUUCAGGACGCAGGGAUCUAUACUUGCAAUGGGUUGAUGAUGCACACAAAGAAGAACUUGACUGGAAUCAAAGGCUUAUCUGAGGCUAAGGUCGAUAAGAUCUGCGAAGCCGCUGAGAAGCUUGUGAAUUUUGGUUAUAUUACUGGAAGUGAUGUGCUGCUCAAAAGAAAAUCUGUGAUCCGAAUUACAACAGGAAGCCAAGCGCUUGAUGAAUUGCUAGGAGGCGGAAUCGAGACAUCGUCAAUUACGGAAGCAUUUGGAGAAUUCCGUUCUGGGAAAACGCAGCUUGCACAUACUCUCUGCGUUUCAACUCAGCUUCCAACAAGUAUGCGGGGAGGGAAUGGAAAAGUUGCUUACAUUGACACAGAAGGAACUUUCCGACCUGACCGAAUUGUCCCGAUAGCUGAGAGAUUUGGCAUGGAUCCUGCCGCUGUUCUGGACAAUAUUAUAUAUGCUCGUGCCUACACUUACGAGCAUCAGUAUAACCUUCUCCUUGGUUUGGCUGCUAAAAUGUCCGAAGAACCAUUCAUAGUGGAUUCAGUCAUUGCUCUGUUUCGGGUGGACUUUUCAGGAAGAGGAGAGCUGGCAGAGCGCCAGCAAAGACUGGCACAGAUGCUUUCUCGAUUAGUAAAGAUAGCUGAGGAAUUCAAUGUUGCAGUUUAUAUGACAAAUCAAGUUAUAGCCGAUCCCGGAGGUGGGGUGUUUGUAACUGAUCCGAAAAAACCAGCCGGUGGGCAUGUGCUGGCCCAUGCAGCCACAAUAAGGCUGAUGUUCAGGAAAGGGAAAGGGGAACAGCGCGUUUGCAAAGUGUUUGACGCCCCAAACCUUCCAGAGGCAGAAGCGGUCUUCCAGAUAACACCAGGAGGCAUUGCAGACGCAAAGGAUUAGAGUCACUCCCGGAGUCCUAGAGCCUUCCCACAUCAGAGAUUACGAUGACUGAAUAUUCUAUUAAAAUUAAUUUUUACAUAUUUGCAUAUAGUUUGAUAAAGUACUGCUGCAUGACCAUUGUAUCCAUAUCGGCUGCGGUUCUUUCACCUUAGUGUGAAAAUGUGAAUCCUCUUUAGUUAUAUACAUUUCCUUCUUGAAAGUAUUAAGAUGUUAUGCUAUAUUUUACUGGUGUCCGAGAAGCAUCAUGCAAUUUUAUGUUCACAACAUUCAAAACGGUAAAGAAAAGAAAUUUCUAAAAAGACCUCUAGUUUUUUACUCUAAGCUAAAUGUGUUAACAUUUGUUACUCUGAUUUUGAGCCAACACAAACCCCUAUAUUCAAUGUCAAAAGAGGUGUGUCAAAUUAAUGUACAAACCAAAAUGAUUACACAAAUUUCUCAUCAAUCAAAUCGGCAGUUU